AUGCAGAGGAGAAUGAGAACACUGCUCCCUGCGCCAAUCAGGUCACCGGACGACCCACACGCAGAGACGACAGCCGAAUCCAGCGCGCAAAAGAAGAGGCGAAGCGGAGUAAGCAUCGCCUGCAAUUUCUGCAGAAACCGAAAAUCUGCUUGCGAUGGUAAACAGCCAGCAUGUACACCAUGCUUUAGACGCGGGAUUGUAUGCACCUACGUUACUAAAUCCGCCAACGAAACAUACAUGGAGGCUUUAAAGCGACAGAACGAGGCAUUAAGAUCAAAUGAAUAUGCGUUAUUAGAGAUUUUAGACCUUCUGAAGUCUGAUUCAGACGAAAGAUCAAUGACUUUAGUUCGCAAGUUGAAGGCAUCCAAUGAGACAGAUACUACCACUCUUCUGGAACAGUUGAAGCAAGAUGUGACAGCAGGAGACGGGAGUAUCCUGGAUCAACUUGAGGUAACAAACAGUGCAGGUGCAACUUCGCAAUCGAGUGCCGAGAUCAAUCUCAUGCUUCGUCAUCCAGUAGCAUAUCCUGCUCUGGCUCAGGUCGAUUUGCCCUCCAAGUUUCUACACCCAUUGCCGAUUCGGUUAGCGAAAGUAUACUGUAACGGAAAUGCACUACUUGGAUCCGGUAGGGAGGGCCUUAAGCCUAUUCCCACACUAGGCUUCCAAACUCCUGAAGGUCCCUCCGCUACGAUGUUGGAAGAAAGCCCAUCGCCGUACUGCGAUAACCGGCUGGCGAAUUUAAGGAUCAUCCAAUGGACUUCAGUCCCUGUAACUGACGAGUUCGCUGCGGGCGCCAUAUCUCUCUUCCUUAAAACAGAUCACCCAAUUCUCGGGAUAUUCGACGCAGAGCUCUUCAUAAGGGACCUAAUCGAACCGCGCCUUCGAUUUUGCUCCCCACUCUUGGUGAAUUCUCUUCUCUACUGGGCCUGUCAAGCUUAUGCGUCGUUUGAGCCGCGAGCUAUCGCGUACAGUGAAGCGUUCUUCAACGAGGCCGAUAGUCUCUGGUCAGUCGAAUCGCAAAACGACUCUCUUAACGCCGUCGCUGCUUCCCAGUUUCUGAGCUUAGGGUCAGUCUAUUAUGGUAAGAACGCUGGUUUGUCAUAUUGGAGUCAAGGAAUUCAGAUGGCGCAACGCAUGAAGCUCUUCGGAGUGCCCGAUACGGUCACGGAACAAACACUAAGCACGCAACCGCACGAAUGGGUACAGGCCAUGUCGCACACGGCCUGGGGAGCUUAUAAUUGGGCUGCAAUGCGAUCCUUACAAUUUCAGGAACAGGAUCUGUCAAUUCGCUAUCCACCUACAUUGGCAAUACCCGGAUUGAGAGGCGGUGGCCUCGAAUCCGACAACACGGCUAGGCAGAUUCAUUCGCAUCCUCUCCCUUCCUAUACGGGGGAUUCAUUCCCCGCGUUAUGUGAGCUUUGGUCUAUGGCAAGUCAAUGGAUUCUAUUAUGUUAUAAGGAUGGAGAUAGCUCGACUGCCAGUAGAGUAUCUCAAGAGUAUGCUGAGUGCAUGUUUCAGAAUCUUUUGAGCUGGUCGGACAAACUACCCAACUCACUAGCUCGCGGUGACGAAAGCACUGAUCACAGCCUAAUAAUCCAUAUAUUCCGACCAUUCACUAUAACUGCACUAGGAGUCGCUACGAAGGGUCACACGACGCACACCGAUCCCAUUGGGCCUUUUACAGCAUCGUUAAAACAACUGAAACACCUGGUUCGAAUUUUCGACUGCAGGUAUCCAUCAUCUACCUAUAGCAUUCUAUGGCAUGUUGCUUUGCUACAGGUCGCUAAUGCUAUGGUCAACGAGGUAGAUGACCCGGAUAGUCUUGGCUAUUUUCUGCUGUGUGUCGCAUGUUAUCGAGAUCUCUUUACUUCAUACCGCGUUGUUUACUCCAUUGUAAAGGGGUUGCUCUCAAUGGCGCGAAGAAAGGGUGCUAUGUCUGCCUUAACAGCCCAGUUAGUGCUUGAACAACUGCAAAAAAAUGGCAAGCAUCAUACAGCCCUCGACAAUAUCCGAGCCACAUUUGUGGUUGACUUGGACCUAGCUCUUACUGAUACGCGCGCCGCCCAGGCGGAAGCACUUGCCAACGAUUUUGACGCUAUGGCUAUUUUUGACGUGCUGACUGUUUCUACCGAUUACAUUGCCUCAUCAUCUGCCGACACACGUGGCCACAAUCAGCAAGACAUAAUCGACGGAAGUUAA